AUCAUGCACAGAUGAUAACCCCUGGGUGAAACUGGGGACUGUUAUGCUGCAGAGAUGCCCAACUGAGGAAAAGGAGAACACAGGAAACGAAAUUUUGAAAAUCUGCCGUUCUCUGUAUGAGACAAAGCACAUGCUCCCUGUUGAGUGUAUAAAAGAAUUAUGUUCAGUGCUGCUUAACCAGUCCCUCCUGCUGCCGUCCCUGAAACUGCUGGUAGAAAGCAAAGAUCAAGAUCUUCACGCUGUGGCACUGCAGCAGAUAACAGCUGUUGCUAAGGUUGAUGAUUCCAGUUGUGACGCUGAAAUACUUUCCUUGCUCCUCGAUGCCAAGUUAGUGGUGAAGUGUGUAUCUACUGCCUUCUAUCCUCGCCUUAUUGAGCACUUACUGGCUAACCAGGGAGAAGGAGGCUGGGAUGUAGAGGAAAUAGCAAAACAACUUAAAGAAGCAGGGUUCAAUGCAGAGGCUGGGUCCCUCUUGAUGUCUCAUCGAGGGACUCAUCCUGCACUCAGGACUUUUACUACUGCCCUCCAGGCUAUUCAGCAUUGGAUCUAAAAAUGUUUGAUUUACACAUUUGUCUGCCUUUUUGCUGGAGAUCUUGCACAAAAGGGAGAAAUUGUUGUUCCAGUGAAGUAACAAAGGUAGUUAUUGCCUAUGUUUUGUAGAAAAUACAAACAGCACACUUACAGUGAAUUCCCAUAUACUUCUAAUCGUUUAAGAAAAUUACUCGUGCGGACCGUAUCAUUCUGUUAUGUGACUAGCAAAGCAUUGAAUCUGAU